GAAAACUUCCACCUCCCCAAGCUGUUACAAAAACUCGAUUCAUACACGUGCACACUCGCAUAUAUUCAAGCCACCGUGUCUGUAUCUCUUUCGCUAGUGACUGGGCCUCUCCGUAAGACUCGGACGUGCUCUCAAAAGCUCUCAUUCUUCACGAGUUCUUCGCGGUCACCGUCAUGUCACAAUUCAGCUUCCGACAAGUAUUCAAUUGAAGCCCCGCGCGUCGCUACUAUAAAAGGACGUCAUUGAGGGUGGCCCACUCAUUCUCUUGUUCCCCACCAUCCCUCACAUUCCAACAAUGCAGACCAUCCACAGUGUCGGCUUCCAGACGGAGAUACGUGCCCCUUCCUCCAAGAACAUCCAGCAACGCGACGAGUCGCGUGCCCGCCACUUUGUUGCCGGCCACCACGCGCACGGACCUCUCUCCGCAAUCGUCCAGGCUCAUCGUCACCAUCAAGGGCAGCCGCCUCAGGGCCAACAACCGAUGGGUGACCAGCCUGCGCCCGGCGGACCAUCGCCAUCUUCUCCGGGCCCCAACACAUCCAUAAGUGUCACCAAUGCUGCUGUGACAUAUCUCGUUGACGUGGGAGUUGGCUCUCCCCCUGAGAAGUGGAAGCUCCUCAUCGACACAGGCUCUUCGAACUGCUGGAUUAAUGGCGCAAACGGUCGCUACCAUCCUAGCGCGAGUUCAGUCGAUACCCGUAAACCUUUCCAGAUCUCUUAUGGAAAGGGAGCCUGCAGUGGCCAAGAAUAUACCGACAUAAUCUCGCUCAGCGACAAGUUGGUGGUCAAGAAUCAGUCGGUGGGCGUCGCUACCCAGAUACAAGACAUGGACGGUGUCGGCAGCGAUGGUAUUCUCGGCAUUGGUCCUGUCGACCUUACUGAGGGCACCGUUGACGGGACACCCAUUCCUACUCUCCCUGACAAUAUGCUCAAGCAGGGUCUGAUCCAGCAGGAAGUCAUUGGGAUCUACUACGAACCCACCACGACCGACAAUGCACCCACUGGCUGCCUCACCUUUGGCGGUCCCGACACCUCCAAAUGCACGAGCGAAAUUAAGUACAACCCAAUCACUCAGCAGGAUCCCGCAAAGAAAUACUGGGGCAUGGAACAGUCCAUUACAUACGACGGCGAGGAGAUCAUGUCCCAAUGUCCCGGCAUCGCCGACACCGGCACUACUCUGUUCAUGCUUCCAGACGCCGUAUUGCAGAAGUACAUGGCGAAAACGGGAGCAAAGAUGGACCCGUCGACCGGAUUGAUGACCGUCACCGAUGCGCAAUACAAUAAGAUGCAGAGCAUGUUCAUCACCAUCGGUGAUACCAAGUACGAAUUCACCAAGAACGCUCAGAUUUGGCCGCGCAGCAUGAACUCGACUUUGGGCGUUCCCGACGACCAGAUUUCCCUUGUCUUUGCCAGCAUGGGCAAAAUUCAGCAGGGCAAUGGCCUUUGCUUCAUUAAUGGGAUGACGUUCCUCCAGCGCUUCUAUUCGGUCUAUGACACGACCAACGCCCGGCUCGGAUUCGCCACGACCCAGCACACCAUGGCCACGACCAACUAGGCCAGCCAGCAUCGCAUGCUUGGAAUUCAAUCGCAUACUUGUACAUUAGAUACGUGAUCGCAUUUGUUACAUCCUCCGGCUUUCGAAUUCAAAUUGAAAUUCAAACGGUACUUACUUGGCGUUCAAUGCUACAUACUGCGCGAUCGGCGUGGAAGACGGCGAUGGAAGCCGAUCAAUAUUCGAUUGAUCGGAACGACAGAUGGCUAUGUACUUCGCUAAGCAAUCCACGAUACCCACUCCAAGUCUCCAACCCUUAACACUCAUGCUGGACAGCGUCCCUGCCAGUCCGCUAUGUUCGCCUCAGAAAUCACUAUCUGACUUCCCAGACCUUUCUUCGCGCAAAACGCGCCUGCGCAGAUGCAAGACGUCAUCUUCGUUGUUUGCCGCAAAAGUCUCCCUCGAGCUGCCCACAAAAACAGAUCCCUCGGUCUAUCUCACCGUGCGCGGAGGUAAAACCUCCGUUGGAUCCUUCUCACCUAUCCCGGACGCACAGAGCGCUCUACGGGUGCUUGCUAAGCCUGCUCGGCAUCCCGUUCUUGCAUGGAUAUCUGGACCCUCUGUCGCCCCAUCUCCCCCGAAGCUUUUAACUGCAAUACCCUCCAUUAGUCGGACCGCGUCGUCCUCGCCCGUCAGCUCACCCACGACCACAGCUGCGACCUCCCUGUCGGACUACGACCGCAACUACUACCAUCCUACCAAAAUGCCGACUCCGCGGGCGACAGAACAUUCACAGACGACCACGCCGUGUGGCACACCGCCAGGUCUUGCGUCAUUGGAGCGUAGCUCUCGGUUAUGCACCACCUUCGUCCAUUGUGCCACGUGUGGAACCAGCGGAUCCAAGUUUCCGUCAUGCGGUCGAUGCGGGCAGUCUUGGUGCUCGCGCGCCUGUCGGCUACCAGGCGGCGUGCGACACUCCUGUGCGCCCGUGUCCGGGCAACCAGUAUAG